AUGGCAACACUCCUUCGCGACCCGAAUAUCGACAAUUACGAUAUUAUUGCCAUCCAGGAACCGUGGAGGAACCCAUUCAACGCAACGACACACCACCCAGCUAAAGACCGCUUUCACCUAUGCUACCCAUCCAACGAGGAAAGAGGGCCGGCUAGGGUGUGCUUCUUUAUUAACAAAAAGCUCGACCACUCUCGAUGGCAGUUCAAGGAAAGUAGCAGAGAUCUCUGCACCGUCAGCAUUGGUACAGGCGAGGGCAAUGAACCGCCAACGGUCAUACACAACAUAUACAACCCCUCACUCCAGGAGGACAAUCGACCACAAGUUCUGCAACAACUGCGGAAAUCGCUAGAAACACACCAACACGGCGAGCAAAUUGUUGCUGGCGACUUCAACCUUCACCACGAGCUAUGGGGAGGCAGUAAUAUCCGGGCGCGAGACCGCGAAGCAACAGAACUCUUAGACCUCAUGGACGACAUGAAUCUUACGAGCCAACUACAACCGGGAACUGUCACAUACGAGGAAGGGAACCGCCGGACGACGAUCGACCUAUGCCUCGUUACAGUCGGUCUCGUUGACAGGAUAAUCAGAUGCGAAGUAGACCACGACAUUAACCACGACUCCGAUCACCUACCUAUAGUGACGUCCCUGCACCUAGCAGUAGCAGAACUACACCUGGAGAAGAAGCGGAACUGGAAAGCCAUCGACGAGAAGACAUUUAUUCAGACAUUCCGGGCCUCACUACCACAACUGCAGAGGCCCAGAACGAAGACAGCACUCGAUGGGUAUGUAGAGGCAACGGUUGAAGCCAUCUCAACCGCUAUCGAGGCAUCAGUCCCAGCCAAGGCCCCAUCGCCGAAAUCCAGAACCGGAUGGACUGAAGAAUGCGCGUAUACCCUGGCCGAGGCGAAAAGACUCCGCAGGGUAUACAGCGAGCAACAGACGGAAGAAAGCUGGGAAGCGUAUAAGGAGGCGAGAAACAGAAAAGGCCGUGUCAUACGGAAAGCACUACAACGAGCCCAUCGCGAGGCGGUGGAAACAGCGGCUGGCUCUCCCGCAUCGCUAUGGAGAAUCGCUAAAUGGGCCCGGUAUAGACAGGAUCAGUCACCGACCGUCACACCAGAAAUCAAGAAACCCAACACGACUCAGGUCGCGACCACCCCCGGAGAGAAAGCGGCGCUAUUCAAGGAAACCUUCUUCCCUCCACCUCCAGAGGCAAACCUUGGAGAUAUCGACAACGCAUCAUACAGCAACCAGAUCAUUUUACCGCUGAUAUCGGAAAGUGAAGUGGAAGAGGCCAUUCAAGAAGCAGCGCCGCUAAAGGCUCCAGGCCCCGACGGCGUCACCAACAAGGCACUUCAGAUAGCGAGACAAAUCAACACCGGCAUCCCCCAAGGAUCGCCCCUGUCGCCCAUACUCUAUCUCUUCUACAAUGCGGACCUCCUAGACAGCUGCAACGAAGCUGAAGGCACAACAGCCACCGGCUUCAUUGAUGACGUGGCGAUCCUAGCAGUAGGGGACAACACCGAGGACACCUGCCAGAAACUCCAAGAAGCGCUCCGGAAGGCCGAAAGGUGGGCCUUCACUCACGCGUCCGUCUUCGCACCCGAAAAGUUCCAGCUCACCCACUUCACACGAGCGAAAACCAGAAUCAACACAGACACAACGCUUCAGAGCCAAUGGGGAGAAAUCAGGCCCAAGACAACCUGUAAAUACCUCGGCCUCAUCAUGGACUCAUCCCUCAAGUGGAAGCAGCACAUCGACGAGACAGAACGCAAGCCUAGGCAACUCCACAUGGGGCGUAAGGACUAG